GUGCCGUACGCGACGCCGCCCGUGCGCUCCAACCGCUUCAGCCCCACGCGCACGCCCAGCCCCUGGGACGGCGUGCGCAUCGCCGACACGGACGGGCCCGUGUGCCCGCAGCGCCUGCCCGACAUCGCCAACGAGACGGCGGCGCUGGAGCGCAUGCCGCGCGGUCGCCUCGAGUACCUGCGUCGUCUGCUGCCGCUGCUGCGCAACCAGAGCGAGGACUGCCUCUACCUCAACAUCUACGCGCCCGUGCAAGAAACAGCUAAGGUCAUCAUCAACCACUGUUAA